GUCAUGGAUCCAAUUGUGGAAGUAGUUGCUUUGGUUUUGGGGUUCAUUGGGUGGGUGAUGGUUGGGAUAGCGCUGCCGAACCGAUACUGGAAGACCUCCACGGUGGACGGGAGUGUCAUCACCACCUCCACCAUCUAUGAAAACCUGUGGAUGUCCUGCGCCACGGAUUCAACCGGGGUCCACAACUGCAGAGAGUUUCCUUCGCUGCUCGCUUUGAAUGGUUACAUCCAGGCUUCUCGGGCCUUAAUGAUUGUAUCAGUAGUGCUGGGUUCCUUUGGACUGGUGGGGGCCCUGAUAGGAAUCCAGUGCUCGAAAGCAGGAGGGGAAAACUAUGUUCUCAAAGGGAGGAUCGCAGGCACCGCUGGGGUCCUAUUUAUUCUGCAAGAUGACACCAGGAUUCACCAGCCUCAGAUUUUGAAAGAGUGGUUCGGGGAGCACGAGACAUCAUUUUCAGACACGGACUGGCCACUAGCAGAGUCCAGACCUGACCCCAGUGAGAAUCUUUGGGAUGUGCCGAAGAACAUUUUGCGCAGUGGUCCGAACAGCCUGUCAUCGAUACGAGAUCUUGGCGAAUAA